AUGUCGGAGGUUGCCACGGGGCUGGCUAGGCGGGCGUACUGGUUGUGUGCUAAGCGUGGCUGCGACGCUUGGAACUGGUGUGACAAGCGGUGGACGUGCAAGGCGUGUGGCACCAGUGCUCCCCCAUGGACGAAGGAGUACCGCUCCGACAAGCCCCCCCCGCGGGUGGACGCAGACGGGUUCGUGCAGCAGCCCAGGGGAAGGGCUGAGCAGCGCGCCGCGAGGCGCUCGGCCUCCCAGCGGGCCCUCUCGGGGAGCACCGCGCCCAGCAGCGCCCCCAACAGCAGGGCACGGCGAGCGCGGCCUUGGGGAGAGGCCAAGACCCAGAUCGAGGAGCUGCAGGCGCAGCUCGCGGCGGCCAGGGAGCGCGUCGACACGCUCCAGGGGGCCUCGGCGCUCGGGCUCUCAGUGGACUUCCAGCGUGAGGCGGAGAACGCCCUCCAGCAGGGCAAGGACCAGGUCGCCGCCCUGGAGCGGUCCGUCCAGGAGGCCCAGCGGACGGAGCGCCCGCCUCACUCGGUGCUCCACAUUGAGGCCAACGCCAUCCAGAAGGUCGAGCGCCAGCUGGCCUCGGCACGUACCAAGAAGGAGAAGCUCCAGCUGCAGGCGUCCGAGCUGCGAGAGCUCAUCGCGGAGAAGCAGGAGCAGCUGUCGGCAGCCGAGUUGGGGGUUGAUUCAGUUGAUGAAGUCACUGGGCAGAUUGCAGAGCUGGAAGAGACCAGGGCCAAGGUCACGCAGCAGGCGAUCCAGCGGGCCAACGCAGCUGUCGGAGGCGCGCCGAGCCCGCUUGGGGACGCCGUCCAGGGGUUGCUCACUCAAGUCGGCGCCCUUUCGGAUCUCCUCAAGCAGCACGGAGCCGAUCUGCCACCCAGGUUUUCGGAGAUCGUCGAGAUUCUCAACACGCAGAAGGAGGCGGUCGCUGACGUGCUCAGGCCCCGCAGCAGCUCGGCCAGGAAGCGUUGGGGCGACAGCGUCGGUGACGACGGCCUCGCGACUGAGGAUGACGACAUGCCGCUCGACAUCGUGGCCUCAGGGCCGACCGCGGCUGGGCCGCCCGCCACGCGGGCCAGGCCAGCGGGCGGACCCUACGGCCCUGCAGCGGCCCGCGGCCAACACGGGGCGACCCUGGGCGCGUGGCCUCAG